AGAGCAUAGAGAAGGUCAUGUAAUGUAAUGAAAUUAUAUAAAAUUAGUUGUGGGAGUGUUAGGUAACUAUUGGGGCCGAUUUGUUUUGAAUGAUUGAGUUUUUGAUAGUACUUAUUGUACACUUAAUUGCAGAAGGGAUAUGUCAUUCAAUAUCAUGUGGAAAUGGAACCACGAGCAAUUCAAUGAAAUCUCCUAUUGAUGGUAGAAGAGUGCAUGACUUUACUGGCAUGAGAGGCAAAAGUUCAGUUUUUGGAUCAUCACACUUCCUUUGGCUGUCCAUGGGUCACGAUCUGUGCCUUUCAAAGGUUUGUGUUGCUGCAGACUAUUCAGAUUCUGUACCGGAUUCAUCUAAUUACAUGAAUAAACAAGGUUAUCAUCCUCUUGAUGCUAAUAGAAAUGCUUUGCUGGUAUUUCCUGGAACUGUACACUGUGAACCACAUGAACAGAUUUCAUGGUCUGAGUUUCAAUAUCUUGUUGAUGAUUAUGGAGACAUAUAUUUCAUAAUCUCUGAAGACGCAAACAUUUUGGAGGAUCGUGGUGCAGAUAACCCAGUGAAUGCUUUGAUUGGAAUGGACAUUCCCAUAUAUGAUAAUAGAAGAACAGCUAGUCAAUAUGACCUUUUUGAUGCUGGAAGCAAUGAGGAAUUCCCAUUUGAUGAUGACUAUGUUGAGGUUCUGGAGAUGGAAGAAUCUAAUUUCCCAGUGAAUUGGGGGCUGCCAGAUACUACCAGCAUUGUUCAUCCUAUUUACUUUUCCAAGUGCUUAACAAAGGCUUUGAACAUGGAAUAUGACAAGAAAAUGAACCAUCCUUCAAAUGGUGUUUCUAUUUUGGGGUAUCUUAGACCCGCUUUUGUUGACGAAGAGUCAUAUCUGAGAAUGAUAUGUCACCCCGAAGAUGUGGAUGGAUACAACUUGGAACGUAUAGACACUGAAGAAUUACGCUCAAAGAGUUUUAGUGAUCGAAGAGACUCUGGGUUGACACUAUAUCGAUUGGAGAUCCUGAAAAUCAAGUUAUAUUCUGUGUAUGGAUGUCAGUCCGAUAUUAAUUCGCUAGACUUUCAAGAUGCUGAACCCGAUAUUCUGGUGCACUCUUCUUUGGCAAUUCUGGAACACUUCAACCAAAACUGUGAUGAUGCUCUUAAAGCUCUUUGCAAAAAGAAGGGUCUUGAUGUUGAGGGAGCUUGCUUAAUUGGGGUUGACAGCCUAGGCAUGGAUGUUAGAGUUUUCAAAGGGUCAGAAGUUAAAACGCAUCGCUUUCCAUUCAAAGUGCAGGCCAACUCUGUAUCUGUAGCUGAAAAACAGAUUCGGCAACUUUUGUUUCCCCGAUCUCGCCGAAAGAAGUGUGUGAAGUCAUGGCGGAGUGCUUAGAAUCCGCCAAGAGUAGACUAUCCCUAAGCCGAGUUGGUCCUUAUUUUCUGAUUUUCCUUUUCUUUCUGCCUUAAUUAGAGCCUGAUCCGGAGCAAUUAAGAUGUACAUUAAGAUGUAUGAAUAGGUCUAUAAUUUGUACAUUAUUUCCAGGUUAGUCCUAUACCUCAAUUUUUCAUCUAUAUCAUGAAGUUUAGGCAAAAAGGAAGUUAAGGGCAUUGCCCACUUUUUACUAAGGGGGAUGACUGUAUGCAAGAAUCAAAACUUACCAGUCUUUUGAUCCUUGCUGGCUAAACCAACCCCCAUUGGCCUCUAUUUCAGGUUGUAAAAGGGUUAAGGUGGUUGCUAACUUGUUUCCUUUUCACUUCUCUACUUCCUUAGUUCAAAACUCCAAAAAAUUGUAACCUCUUUUUCCUGACAAUAAUAAGAAUAAUAAGUGGUGCCAAGGGUUUUCUUCUUUACA